AUGGCGAGGAUACUCCAAGGAAACCUGCACAGAAGUAGGCUCGCAUAUGAUCUGCUAACCCAACACGUGAGGGAGCAGAAAGUAGAUGUCCUAUUGAUCAGCGAACAAUACAAGAACCUAGACCUACCCUUUUGGGUGUCAAACGGCGAAAAAACCGCAGCCAUUUGGGUGCCCGGGCGCGGGUUGGCCAAUACGGUUACGGGAGAAGUAAGGGGAAGGAUGGGUCGCAUAACAUUCUUCAGCGUAUAUCUGUCACCGAACCUAACUGCCGCCGACUUUACAAGGAAACUAGGGGUAUUGGAGGACGCUAUUAGAGAGGUCCCUGGGGAAAUCGUGAUCGGGGGCGACUUCAACGCGAGGGCCACAGAAUGGGGCUUGCCGACGACGAACCCAAGAGGCAGAGCCAUCCUUGAGAUGGCAGCCAGGCUGAACUUGAUAAUAGCGAACGAGGGUAAUACAACUACCUACCGCAGAACAGGCUUUGGGGAAUCAAUACCGGAUGUAACCUUCGUAAGCGAAAUGACGACCCGCAACAUAAGGGACUGGCACGUCACGGAAGAAUAUACAGCUAGCGACCACCAGUAUAUUCUAUUCAAUAUCAACGAAGACCGUCAGACCAGUACAAGGAGAAAUCACAGUCGAGCGCCAAGAUGGAACACCCGACGCAUGAACCGAGAGACAUUCGCGAUGUUAAUUCAAAGCACAAACCUCCUAUCCAACGGGAGCCCGCACGAAUUAGGCGAACGCGAAAGAGCAGAGACAAUAGUAGACAAAACUACUAAUCUGAUAACUGAGAUCUGCGAUGCGACCAUGUCCAGGGUAUCUACCAGCCACCAGAGAAGACCAGUGUACUGGUGGACGGACGAUAUUGCGGAGCUUAGGAAAGAAAAUUUCUACUCUAGAAGAAGGGCUCAAAGAAACGAUGGAAAAAGUAAUCGAUGGGUGCGACGUCCACGUUAG